CUCGUCGCCUUCUCUCUCUCUCUCCUCUGUGCUACUCCACAGCUCUCCUAUAAAAACCCUAGAUUUUCUCCUAGGGUUUCCAUAUCUCAAACUCCAACGCAUUUACACACGAUGACGACGUCGUUCGGAGCUGCCAGCACCGCGAUCACAAGGGACCCUGCGUUUCAAAUUCAGAGGUUUCAUGGCUUGAAAUCUUCUUCUCAUUCGAUUCUAUCGAACAACCGGAUUCAGUUGUUCUCAGUCUCAUCUUCGUAUCCUUCAAUCAUCAGAGCUGUUUCAACGCCAUUGAAGCCAGAUUCUCCUUCCGAGACUAAGCGUAGCAAGGUUGAAAUAUUUAAAGAGCAGAGUAAUUUCAUAAGAUACCCUCUCAAUGAGGACUUGUUAACAGAUGCCCCAAAUUUAAGUGAGGCUGCCACACAAAUGAUCAAGUUCCAUGGAAGCUAUCAACAGUAUGACAGAGAUGAACGUGGCAAAAGGACUUACUCAUUUAUGCUUCGUACCAAGAAUCCUUGUGGAAAGGUUCCCAACAAACUUUACUUGGCAAUGGAUGAUCUUGCUGAUCAGUUUGGAAUUGGGACACUUCGUUUGACGACCAGACAAACAUUUCAGCUACAUGGCGUCACGAAGGCGAACCUUAAGACAGUGAUGAGUACAAUUAUUAAAAGCAUGGGUUCAACUCUUGGUGCGUGUGGUGAUCUCAACAGAAAUGUUCUUGCUCCUGCAGCCCCACUUGUAAGAAAAGAUUACCUAUUUGCACAGGAAACUGCAGACAACAUUGCUACACUCCUAACUCCUCAGUCUGGUUUUUACUAUGAUAUGUGGGUGGAUGGAGAGAGAAUUAUGUCAGCAGAACCUCCUGAAGUAGUUAAGGCGCGCAAUGAUAAUUCUCAUGGAACAAAUUUCCCUGAUUCACCUGAGCCUAUUUAUGGAACUCAGUUUUUGCCAAGGAAAUUCAAAGUUGCUGUUACUGUGCCAACCGAUAACUCAGUGGACGUCUUCACAAAUGAUGUUGGGGUGGUGGUUGUUUCUGAUGAUAAUGGAAUUCCUCAGGGUUUCAACGUUUAUGUUGGUGGUGGUAUGGGAAGAACACAUAGGCAGGAAAGCACUUUUGCCCGUUUGUCAGAGCCUUUGGGUUAUGUACCAAAAGAAGACAUACUAUAUGUAGUGAAAGCUAUUGUUGUUACACAAAGAGAAAAUGGUAGAAGAGAUGACCGUAAGUAUAGUAGAAUGAAAUACUUGAUCAGCUCAUGGGGGAUUGAGAAGUUUAGAAGUGUUGUUGAACAGUAUUAUGGAAAGAAAAUUGAGCCUUGCCGCGAGUUACCUGAGUGGGAAUUUAAAAGUUAUUUGGGAUGGCAUGAGCAGGGUGAUGGUGCUUUAUAUUGUGGGCUUCAUGUUGAUAAUGGUCGUGUUAAGGGAACUGUGAAGAAGACAUUAAGGGAGAUCAUCGAGAAAUAUAAUUUGGAUGUGCGUCUCACACCAAACCAAAAUAUGAUCUUGUGUGGUAUUAAGAGUGAUUGGAAGCCUGCCAUCACCACAGCUCUUGCGCAGGCCGGUCUGCUGGAACCUGAGUAUGUAGAUCCCCUCAACCUAACCGCAAUGGCAUGCCCUGCUUUUCCACUUUGCCCUCUGGCAAUAACUGAAGCUGAGCGCGGAAUACCUGACAUGCUUAAGCGGGUUCGAGCUAUAUUUGAGAAGGUUGGUCUCCCGUCCGAUGAGUCUGUAGUAGUAAGGGUAACUGGCUGCCCUAAUGGUUGUGCUCGACCCUACAUGGCUGAACUUGGAUUUGUUGGUGAUGGCCCCAAUAGCUAUCAGAUUUGGCUUGGGGGUACACCCAAUCAGACCACACUAGCUAAAAGCUUCAUGAAUAAGGUUAAGAUUCAGAACCUGGAGAAAGUUUUGGAACCUUUGUUUUAUCAUUGGGGACAAGAGCGACAAUCUAAAGAAUCAUUCGGCGACUUCACGAUACGCACGGGAUUUGAGAAGCUCCAAGAGUUGGUUGAUAAAUGGGAAGGUCUGGUGAAGCCGUCGGCUUGAUACAAGAGAGCGAGCAAGUGCGUAUCCAAGUUGGUGACGGUGAAAUAAGUGUCUCUCUCUUCCUCUCUGUUAUUACUUGGUAACAGAUGUAAUGAGUGGAGAUUGGAUUUCGGUCUUGUAUCUAUUUUUGGCGAGUGUUUUAGUUGUUACAAGACCUGGAAUUUGUAAUACUAUUUUCCCAAAUUGUUAUAGAAGUGUUUUUUUCCA